AUGUCAUCAAUAAAAACCAACACGUUCCUCCAUUUCAUGUUCGCAAGCGUCAAAUCCAUGGCGCGCUGGAAAGCAGAAGGCGCGUCCUUCAUCCCAAAAGUCAGCAAAUAUGUCCGAAAAUCGCAAAGCUGGGUGAUCAGGGUGCUGCAUCAGUACGAUGAAGAAACGGGUGAACGCAAGGUGAAAAAUAAGAAAGGAAGACCGAGAAAAACAACAGCCGAAGAAGACCAAACAGCCAUAAACCUCCAAAUCAAACAGUCACGCCAAAAUAAGGGAGGAAUUGCAGUGUGGGGUGCGAUCUGCGCAGCAGGCCGAGUUGCGUUGGUGCGAUUCCAGGGGAUAAUGAAUUCCGAAAAGUAUGAGGAGGUGUUGUUCGACCAACUCCUUCCUUACCUGGACGCAAACGGUCGCGAUCUCACUUACCAGCAGGAUAAUGCACCGUGUCACACCUCCGCAGCCAUGAAAAGUUCUUCGAGACGGAAGACAUCAACGUGA